AAAGCUCCCGAAAACACACAUGUGGGGGUCAAGUGCUGCUCCUCUCGUGGAGCUACUACUUCUGGUGGCUACUUCGCUGGUGAUUGGAAGAGUCGGCUGCCUGAUCUGCACGCGCCGCCCGGCCAAUACGGCCUCGCCCAAAUCGCCGGUGGAUGAGAACUUUGUGAUAAGCGUGAUGGGCAACCCGGAAACAUACAUUCUCGGCCAGGAAUACAACGUCUCUCUUAACGCUUUCAAUGGCCACCGCUACAUCAGCUUUAUCCUGGCCCUGGAGAACGAAAAUGGUGACUUUAGCUACCAGGACGACUUGGGUCGCUUCGAGCUAAGCGAUCGGAUCGAGAGCCGCUUCAGUCCCAACUGCAUUAACAUGGUGGAGAACACCAAUACGAAUCCCAAGACGCAUAUGCACUUGACCUGGGUGGCGCCCAGUGAGCCGGGCAGUGGUUGCAUCCUGAUCAGGGCUACCGUUCAGCAGCAUCGCGAUGUAUGGCACAUGGAUGAUGGAGGACUAACACGAAGGAUCUGCGAGGAGGUCACCGAUGAUGUGGAAAGUCAGCCUGCAACUCCAACGGUGGAUGUUCCCUGCUGUGCCUGCGAUGAGGCGCGAUAUGAGCUUAUUUUCGAGGGCGUCUGGUCCAGGAAUCUGCAUCCCAAGGACUUUCCUGCUCGCGGCUGGGAGACUCGCUUCUGUGAGCUUCUCGGAGCGGCCCACAGUUCGGACUAUCGCUUCUGGGAAGCCGGAGCACUGGCCAGCUUGGCAAUGAAACAGUAUGCCGAACACUGCAGUUCUCGUCUUUUGGAGCGAGAAUUUAGCAUCAAUUUUCGGGAUCAGAAAAUACGCACCAUUAUCAAGGCUCGCGGGCCAUCCUAUCCCAACAUGAACAGCAAGGCGACGGCCUCGUUGCGAGUGGAUCCCGUACAUCACAUGUUGUCCUUUGCCUCCAAGAUAGAACCCUCGCCGGAUUGGAUUGUGGGCGUUGCUGGGCUAGAACUAUGCCUGCGCAACUGCACCUGGUUGGAGGAGAAGGUGAUCCACCUGUAUCCCUGGGAUGUGGGCACAGAUGCGGGUCCCAGCUAUACGUCAGCCGAUCAGCCGCAGGUUCCGCCGGAUGUCAUAAGACGCAUCCGUUCCGACUUGCCCAACGAUCCACGUUCACCUUUCAACGAUAAAUCCGGGGCUCCGAUGAAGCACAUGGCCAUUUUGACGGUGAAACGCCAGCGAAUCUAUGAGAGGAGAUGUGCCGAUGAGGAUUCCAACAAUGAUGCGGAUGUGCCGAGAGAGUGCCUCACCCAUCCCUGGUCCAGCUGGAGCGACUGCUCCUCCAAAUGUGGCGCUGGGAUGCAGUACAGAAGGCGUGUCUACAAGCAACCAGAGCUGGCAAAGGUCUACAAUUGCAAUGUGCCGCAGUAUGAGGAGCGUGAGUGCCAGGGCGAAAUGUGUGGUCAAAGCGGGCCGAUGAGGGAAGCGGAGGAGUUUGAGGAUCUGGAACCGGAGGUCAGGAGGAAUGGCUAUCAUUCGGCCCAACAGCGGCGGGCCGAGUGCCAAUUGAGCUCCUGGGGCAGCUGGAGUCCCUGCAGUGUCACCUGUGGCGAGGGCUACGAGAUGCGCCAGAGGCAGUACCUCAAUCCCCAAGCGGAACCCGAGUGCCAGAGUGUCCAUCGCGUGGAUCUGCAGGAAACGCGUCAAUGCUCUGGGCGGGCUUGUCUGGGUAACCUACCGGGAUCCUAUAAUCCUGAAAUGGAUGGUUCUUAUGGCCAGUCUGGUCGCACUGGAGGUAAUAUGUAUGGUUCGCAACUUGAACCGGAGGCAGAGACUUUUGAAGGCGAGGACGAGGAUCCUCGAAAUGGACUUCGUGGCUUCGAGGUUGGCAAUCUCAAGGGAAACGCUGUCAGCAGAAUGCCCGAGCGUCAGAUGAAUCUGGGGAGAGUUCCUCCGCCUUUUGGGCAGUCAAACUACGAUGGAACCUACUAUCCACCAGCCAGGACAGAGCGACCCAUUUGGACGGGGCAACCACGCCUGGAGGAUGUGGAACGGGCUCCCUGGCAGCGUCAAAGGCCCGCCAGCAAAUACGGUUCGAUGGUAGAGCCUCCAGAGGAGAAUCCCCCAAGGGAACCCUGGCAGAGGACAAGUAAUUAUGGCAAUCAGGAGAUGUAUUCACCCAGAGCAGAAGUGGACUCCUCACUGGCCAACCGCUGCUUCCAAAUGCUGCAGACAGUGCUGCCCCGUUGUCCGGAUCAAACGAUUACGGGUCAGUUCUGGUCCUACAACUUCUGUGCCGAUGAGUGCAUGUUGUUCGCCACGGAUCCGUGCGAUCGGAACUUCAACAAGUUCAGUCGAUUGGAGGACUGCGAGAGGUGUCGCCAGCCGGAGUUGGCGGCACUGCAGCAGGAGCACUCUAAUUCGCCGGAAUGCCAGAAUCUUCGAAGCAUCUGGCAGGCGGAACAGCGGGCCAGGGAGGAGAAACGUGCUGCGAACAGGAGGCGCAACUACACCGGCUAUAGGCAACGCGCUAGAAAUUAA